AAAAUUCAUGAAAAGAGUUCAUUUUUUCCGCUGCAUAUUUUUAAAGAUUUUAUUUUCAUUAUUAAAUUCGAACCAACGGGAGAAUUUAAUUUUGAAAAAUGGAUAUGUUUAUUAUAAUGUUGUUAUUAUUCUGACCAACGUUGAUUAAUGGCAAUAUUAUAAUGAGUUUAAUCAUGCAUUAAUUCUAUUUCUGCCCAACGGUGAUGUAGAUUUAAUGUAUAAACAGUUGUAUGUUUUAAUUUUGACCAACGUUGGAAUCAAGGCAUGCAAUUGUUGUUAUUAUUUAUGUUCUCACUGUAUAUGAAUUGUGUUUUCAGGUGGAUACAAUUUGAUGAGUUGUAUCAAAGAGAUCCCCACUCUCAAAGGUGACAACUACACGGAGUGGAAGAAAAAGAUAGACCUGGCCUUCAUCUUGGCUGAGGUGGACUGGGUAGUCACCUCACCGUGUCCCACUGAACCUGUCGCACCCGUGAGGGAGACAAACGAGGCUGAUGCCGCUUGGGCAACUAAAGAGAGGGAUUUUGAAUCCCAAAAGAUGUCCUAUCACCUUGAGCAUAGGAAGUGGUUCACUGCCAACAAGAAAUGUUUGGCUGUGAUAAAGAACACGAUUGAGCCUGCAAUUUUGGGCUCAAUCCUAGAGUAUCACACGGUCACCGAGUACCUCGAUAGAAUAAAGAGUCAGUUCACUGGCUCUUCAAAGACAUAUGCUACCUAGCUGAUAAAGCAGCUGGUGACAGAGAGGUACUCUGGAAAUGGUGGCGUAAGAGAGCACAUACUAAGGAUGAGCAAUUUGGCAUCCAAGCUGAAACCAAUGGAUCUGGCUCUCAAGGAAGAGUUCCUUAUCCAUCUGAUUUUUGCUUCUUUGCCAAAAGAGUUUGACACUUUUGUUGUCAACUACAACAUACAGCCCGAGAAGUGGGACUUAGAGAGGCUCAUGGCUAUGUGUGUGCAAGAGGAUGAGAGAAUAAAAGCUGCCAAUGGUGGCACUAUCAAUUAUGUAAAAGACAACAAGAAAAAUAAUUAUAAUGCUAACUCCUCCUCAAAGUCAAAGGGAAAAGGUCCACAUCAGCCUCAGCAGAAUAAGUUCACAGUGGAGAAAAAUCAGUGUCUCCAUUGCAAGAAGACGGGACAUUAUAAGAAAGAUUGUCCCGAUUUCUUAAAGAUGAUCAUGGCAAAGAAAGGGAUUCCGUUCGACGAGGACUACGCAAAGAAGAGAAAGACACAUUAAAGUUGCAAAUGGAGUCCGAGCAGAUGUUGAAGCUGUUGGCGAUCUUUCUCUAGAGCUUGCUGAUGGCUUCACACUUUUACUUAGAGAUGUACUUUAUGUUCCCUCUUUACAGAGAAACUUGAUUAGUGUUUCAUGCUUGGACAAUGAUGGAUAUGAUUGCCAUUUUGGAAAUGGCAAAUGUAAGAUAACAUUUAAUAAUGCAUGUGUUGGUCUUGCUAUCUUACAAAAUGAGCUUUAUUUAUUAUCACUACGUGAUGACGUGA